GGGAGGCUCAGUGCCGGUGCUCCAGCUGCCCCCGGUACUCCCGCCGCCUCCGGUGCUUCGCACUCCACUGCUGUCGACCCAAGCCUCGCCGCUGUCCCACCGCCACCAUGGAGGCCAUCAAGAAGAAGAUGCAGAUGCUGAAAUUGGACAAGGAGAAUGCCAUCGAUCGCGCCGAGCAAGCAGAGGCCGACAAAAAGCAGGCAGAGGACCGCUGCAAGCAGCUGGAGGAGGAACAGCAGGGCCUGCAGAAGAAACUGAAAGGCACUGAGGAUGAAGUGGAGAAGUACUCCGAGUCUGUCAAGGAGGCCCAGGAGAAGCUGGAGCAGGCGGAGAAGAAAGCUACAGACGCUGAGGCUGAAGUGGCUUCUCUGAACCGCCGUAUCCAGCUGGUAGAGGAGGAGCUGGACCGAGCCCAGGAGCGCCUGGCCACCGCCCUGCAGAAGCUGGAGGAGGCUGAGAAGGCAGCUGAUGAGAGCGAGAGAGGCAUGAAGGUCAUUGAAAACAGAGCCAUGAAAGAUGAGGAGAAAAUGGAGCUCCAGGAAAUGCAGCUGAAGGAAGCGAAGCACAUAGCAGAGGAGGCUGACCGCAAAUAUGAGGAGGUUGCCCGCAAGCUGGUUGUCCUUGAGGGAGAGCUGGAGCGCUCGGAGGAGAGGGCAGAGGUGGCAGAGAGCCGAGUGAGACAGUUGGAAGAAGAGCUGCGGACCAUGGACCAGAGUCUCAAAUCCCUCAUUGCCUCAGAAGAAGAGUAUUCCACCAAGGAGGACAAGUAUGAGGAGGAAAUUAAGCUUCUUGGGGAAAAACUGAAGGAGGCAGAGACCAGGGCGGAGUUUGCAGAGAGGUCUGUGGCGAAGCUGGAGAAAACCAUUGAUGAUCUAGAAGAGCGCUCCAGGCGGGAGGCCGAGAAAACCCGCAUUCUCACUAACGAGCUGCGGGUCAUUCUUACCGAGCUUAACAACUGAGCUGCCCAAAGCUCCUGGCCCUAGCCCCGCCCCCCUGCCCCACUUUGACCAGGGUGACUAAGGGGUGGGAGCCCCUGUCUGCUUCCUGCCAGGGCUAGAUGGGGUGUGGAGCCUUUGCUUAUCCCCCUUCAGGUAACCACCCUGCCUGGAUGGGACAGGGAGCCCCUCUGGAGCUGAUUGUAGGGUCCCUGCAGGGUCCUGGGAGGGCUGGGAUAGGCGGUGAGGAUCCAACAACACCCACUGAUCCAAACUUGGGGUAGGAGACUGGGAAGAGCCCAGCAGAGGGUGCUGGGAGAUGGGGCUGGGAGGGCAGAACUCAUGUUCCAUCCCUGUCUCUGGAGCAAAGGAGAAUGGCAUUUGGAAGUGAGCGCUGGAAGAAGCUGCUUUGGCAGCAGACUGUCUGGCAGAGCUUGUCCCUGCAGCCUCAUUAUCUCUGCUCCGUCUCUCUGGUGUCAUUUCUGACCACUCUCCUGGGCUGCUAUCUCUCUCCUUUUCUUAAUGGAGCACUGCUGGGUCAUGCAGCAGGCACUGACUCUCCUCUUUUGCUGGCCAAGGGUUUGUACAUGUGCCCACAGUCUGCCAGUGGUGAUACCCAAGGGCAAGACAUGCUGGUGGCUGGUCAAUGAAUGGUACUUGCCAGCAGUAUCUGCAUUGUGGAAGGCCUGGCCAUGGGCAACAGGGCACCAUAAAGGAUGGAGAUGCUGAAGAGUGGCAUGAGGACCACCUACUCCAGUGACUGUCUUGGCUGCCCUAGCAGGUUUUUGGAGCAGCUGGGCCCAUCCCUGCCAGUGAAGGGGCUGCUUGUGUAGACUCUGCUCUGCAGGGAUGCCCAGCUCAGCUGGAGGAUGUUGCCAUACUGAAACGUCCAUCUGUGUGCAUGUGUUUGUGCUUGGUGUGGUGUGCCUGGGUCUGGCUGCCCCUGGGUACACUUGGGCUGUGUCUGUGUGUGUGGAUGGGUGUCCUUGUAUUCACAGAGAGUCUGGCCAGUGCCAAAGAGGAGAAUGUGGGCAUCCACCAGGUCCUGGAUCAGACCUUGUUGGAGCUGAACAACCUCUGAGCUGCCCGGGGGAGCAGAGUUCCUCUUCCCUACCCCACAUGUGCACCCCACUGGCAUGCUCAGGACAUCAUCAGCUGAAUUGCAUCUUGGCCAAAUCCACACAUCCAUUGAGAAGGGAAGCCCUGCCAGCCUUACACUAUGGCUCAGGGGCAUCUUGUCUGUGCACAGCCUGACUGCCUCUGUCCUGUCUUCAUGUCCAAAUAUUAAAGCAGUUU